AUGGCUACACCACCUCAAGGAGUCCCCCAGGGUCCCCCAGGACCAGGAGCUAUCCCGAUCCAGUUCCCGCCCGGACAACGACCUACACCCGAGCAGAUCCAGGAGAUCCAGCGCAGGAUAGCCGAGGAUGCGCAAAAGGCCGGCAUGUCGGUCCCUCAGUUCGUCGAGCAUAUCAAGAGGCAGGCGCAGGAGAGGGCUAUGGCCGCGCGCGCAGCCCAACAGCAGGGCGGCGGCACCCCCGGUGCUCCCACGCCACAGCAGCUCCAGCAGCUCCAGCAGCAGCAGAUGGCUCAGAGGGCCGCUCAGCAGCAGCAGCAGCAGCAGUCCAGCAACGUGGCGGCUCCAGGACCUCCUAAGCCCGAAGCUCUGGCUGUGGCCAAGUUUCUGCGAAGCCAGGAUCUCAAGCCGAGGACGUGCAUCCUCAAUGGAGAGCGCAAGGACAUGUUCAAAGUCAAACGUGCGCUCCGAGCUCUCGAAUCCCCCGCCUACGAAAAGGCCCGCAAGAAAAACCCUCUGCUUCCGGAGAUCAAGGAUCGCGCCUCCCUGGAAAACACGUUCAAGCUCCUGCCGCUCGGCAUGCUGGCCCUCCGCGUGAGUAAGAUCGACCCCCAGGCCGCCGGCAACGGCAAGAAGCCGAAGCGCGUCAAGGGCCAGUGGACCGUCAAGAUCGAGCAGCACCAGGAGGCAAAGGAAGACCUGUACUACGCCUGGUUCUGGGAGGGUAGCCAGAUCAAGCGCCAGGUCUACGCCGCCCUGGCCCUUGUCGUCAUCUUCGCCGUCGUCCUGUAUCCGCUGUGGCCGCUCAAGCUCCGCCUCGGAGUCUACUACCUCAGCUGGGGCAUGCUCGGCCUCCUCGGCCUCUUCUUCCUCAUGGCCAUCUUCCGCGUCAUCCUCUUCUGCAUCACCUACUUUAUCGUCCCGCCCGGUCUUUGGCUCUACCCCAACCUCUGGGAGGAUGUAUCUUUCAUGGACAGCUUUAGGCCCGUAUGGGCUUGGCACGAGACUGAAAAGCCCAAGAAAAAGAAGAAGGCCGGCAAGUCCGCUGCUCCCAGCUCUUCAUUCACCGCCUCCACUGGUCAUGUCGAGGCUACGGCUACCACGACGGGAACAGAUACGCAGAUCAAGUCUGAUAAUGUUCAGCAAAGGAGCUAUGCGGCACCCAAGGUGGAGGAGGUGGUUGAUGACGAGUAA